AGAACAACUCUACCAAAAAAGAGAAAUAUCGUUCAUUUUUUAUCGUUAUGGCUAAACGCAAGAGAGAGGAAACCGUCAAGGACGUCCAGUCCUCCGACAAAUCGUCCAAGGCCUCUAAACCCGCGACAAACCAGGAAUCCUCGUUCGACCCGGUCAUCAAUGUGCAAAUCGUGACCGGCUCCUACGAGAGAGUGCUGCAUGGGUUUACUGCAGGGGUGUCUGCAGCUGCUUUGGCUUCGAAAGACACCAAGGAGUCUGCUGUCGGCCCUUCGCAGGUGCAAUUCGCCGAUACGUUCCUGUUCGAGGCGCAUUCUUCGGCCAUUCGGUGUCUCGCCUUGUCUCCCACACCCAAACCGGAUUCGACAGAGCCUCCUCGUGUUAUACUCGCCAGUGGUAGUACCGAUGAACGUAUCAAUCUGUACUCCGUCUCUGCUGCGCCUCCAGCCGUGAAUGAUCAGUAUCCGUCCGUUCCGACUCUGGCAGGAAGCAAGGUUCUCGAGAACCCGAAGAAUCGCGAACUGGGCUCCCUCCUACACCAUUCCGCCAGCAUCUCUGGGCUGAGCUUCCCGUCGCGCUCAAAGCUCUUGACCUGUGCCGAUGACAACACCAUCUCCGUUUCGAAGACUCGCGAUUGGACCGUCGUGUCGACCAUCAAGGCUCCUCGUCCCAAGGUCCAAGGAAGGCCCAGCGGUGAUACUGCACCAGAGGGAGGAUCUCCCUCUGGUGUGAAUGACUUCGCAGUGCACCCGAGUAUGAAAUUAAUGCUCAGUGUUGGAAAGGGAGAAAAGUGCAUGAGACUGUGGAACUUGGUGACGGGAAGGAAGGCCGGUGUGUUGAACUUUACCAGGGAGAUGCUCCAAUCGGUCAAGGAGGGCAAGUGGAGCUCAGGUGAAGGCCGGAAGAUUGAAUGGAACUCGAAGGGUGAAGGAUUCGCCGUCGCAUUCGAGUGGGGUGCUGUGGUUUUUGGAAUUGACUCUACCCCGACAUGCAGAGUUGUGCCCAACCCGCGGAGUAAGCUUCACCAGAUGAAGUAUGUCACCGUUGAUCCGUCGUCCGAGGAUGCGAAUGACUUGCUUGCCGUUUCCACGGAAGAUGGACGAGUCAUCUUCUACUCUACAAAGAAGCUACGGGAGCCUGAGAACGACCCUGACUCGUCUAUCCCUUUUGCGGAACCCAUUGCUCAGCUUGGCGGUAAGGUAAAUGGUCUGCCUGGACGUAUCAAGGACUUUGAGGUCUUCAGUCUGAAGAAUGAGCCAACGGUUAAGAAGGAUGCCUUCCUUGUGGUGACUGCAAACAGUGACGGGGCUGUCCGCGUCUGGCUGGUGGAUGGCAAGGAGCUCAAAGAGCAAGAUGACUCGGAGAAUGCUUCGACUGCUCCCCAGGUUGGCAAGCUUCUGAACACGUACGAGACUGGCAAUCGAAUCACCUGUAUGAAGGCGUUUGUGAUGCUGCCUGUUGAGGAUCAGUCAACGCUGGAGGACUUCGACGAGGAAGAUGAGGAAGACGAAGAGAGCGAAGAGUCAUCGGAUGAAGAGAGUGAUGCUGAGUAGAUAUCUACUGUCCUAUAUACCCUAUUGUUCAUAGAACUGUAUCAAUUCGAGUAAAAGUUAUGCGUCUAU